GGAUUCGCCAAACUGUCCCUUCGUGGAUCCCCUCCCUUCCAGGAAAUCACAAGUCCCACUUCGCCACCACUUCCGCUGCUCCACGCCGUCGCCGCCAUGGCCGACCGCCUCCUCCUGCUCGCUCUGGCCCUCGCCUCCGCCGCAUCCGUCCUCGUAGCCUCCCCAGUCGCCGCCGCGCGUCCGUGCGACACCCUCCUCAUCUCCUCCAACUCGGCCAACGCCAACCCGAGCAACGACCCCGACCGCAGCGCACCCCUCACCACGACGGUCAUCACCGUCUUCCGCGUCCGCCGCUUCGGCCCCCACCUCCUCCGCGCCCACGGCCACGCGCAACCCCACCUCAACCGCCACCACCACCUGCACUCCAUCCCCGCGAACAUCCAGAUCCGCCACCCCGAGCUGCCAGAGCUCCCACACUCUGCGGCCGGCGCCGCCGCCAGUGUCCAGGAGCGCCUCAAUGGCAUCCUGAUGGUAGUCGUCGGGAUCCUCACCGCCGCUUCCGUGUACCUCGUCUGGUCCAUAAUCACCGGCACCGGCGCGCUCUCCCACUACGACGAGCUCUACGGCGACGAGGCGCCCGACUCCGGGAGCCCCAAGAAGGUCGGUUACGUCAUCAUCUCCAGCGAGGCCCACGGAGGCGGUAAGAACUAGGGCGUAGGGUUUGGUAGAUCUCCCAGCAGUGGCAAGUAUUGCUGUUCAUCUGCUGCAUAACAGCUCAUGAAAUGUCUCUGUGAUGUGUAGCUGGGGAGUAGUAGUAGUAGUGAACUAGUGAUGUAGCCUCCAUGUGUGUACGCCCUUGAUGCGCAAUUACAUUUGUGAAAUCUGCUUUGUUUGUAAUCAACUUAUUGUUCGGAUGCUUGGCGAUGUUGUGAAUUGUUACUCUCAUGUAUUUCGUUA